CCAUACCUUUACUGCAAACCUAACGCCGUGGAAGUACCGCGUUAGGUUCCCUGCCACACCAACGAGGAAAACAUAGUCCAAGCUACAGGAAAAGUGAAGUUGAAACCUGAGAAGCGGCGAUUUACAAAUAACGCUGAGCAGCACCCUAACAGGUCGACUAUAAGAGUGGGUAGAGGAAAGCUCGCCAGACCUCAGCGGGGUGAGUGGAGUAUGCAACGCUAUAUAAGGGGAUCCAUGCCCUGCCAGUAUCACUUCACAAAGACGAGCACCGCGAUGCGACGGAUAGCAGGAGUGUUACUGUGCCUGGUGGCAGCGGUGGCGGUAGAUGCUGCAGAAGCGAUGAAGGAAGCCGCUCACCACGAAGUCAGCGACAUCAGGUCGGCUUCUGCCGAAAGAAACGCUAAUUCAGGCGUCGUUCAGAUUGGUGGCCAGCGAUUGUUGGGAGUGUCGUCCACAACCACGCACACCAGUGUAGUCAUGGUCACCUCCACCGUGUUCUUCUCCUGUCUCUCCGGUACAAGCGCCGCGGUGUGCGGCGGUCGCCGGCGGAAGAAAAGUGUACCAACUAUGGUUGAGUUUGAUGAUGAUAGUGACACCAGCCGUGCCAGCAGGGCCCUGGACGGUAGCCUUGUUGAUCCAGAUGGGACAAAAUCUUAUGCCUCCGAUUCUUCCGACUCCUCUUCGGAUUCUCGCCAGGUCGAUAAAGACGGCAAAUUUCAGUUCCUCACCGUUUGGAGUGCCGUCAGCACCACCACCACUGUCACCAUGCUCUACACCGAUACCAACACCACCAUUCGCCUUUCCUAUUACUGCCAGGCUGGCUUCCAGCAACUGCCCAACGGAUGCGGUUAGUCAGCCUGCUAGUAUGUCACAGGUGGUAUGGAUGAAUCCUGAUGCGGAUCCUUCCCACCGAGGCGACGACAUUAUCCUGCAAUGAUGGCUACUGUAUUUAUUUUGUACAUGAAUAAGAGAAUCCAAGUAAUUAUAUGCACCUAUCUCC